AUGCCUGAGGGAAACAUGGAAUCUUCGGCGACAAACAUCCGUCUCGUUACACUGAACUGCCGGUCGCUGUCAAGUAAACUCCAACAAGUCGCUCUAUCCAGGCUUCUGCGAUAUCUGCAUGCACCGUUUGCUGUAUCGCAGGAAACACGCAUCAGAGAUGGGCCCGUCAUUAGCAUCUACAAUUACGCCAUCUACUGCGGCAAUGCUGAUGAAAGGAAAGCAGGAGGCUGCGUAGUAGCUGUUAGGAACGACUAUAACAACCUGGUGGAGGAGUUUGAAUUAACGUCGUCAAGAUGCACCAUCGCACAAUUGCGGGAUCGCAGAGGACACUCAGGAUCGUAA